UUUGAACUAAUAGCACUAGUAUUUGAUAGUUCCCGUCAUUUGUUCCUUAUAAUUAAAUGGGUGACAGAUUCAAUAAAUCAAGAUUUUAUAACUGGCUGAUAUUUUUGUUCAGUUUCAGUAAUUUGGAUAAAAUUUAGCUUUGUUUUAUUUUUUAAAUUUACCUGAAAAGUAUUUUUAAUUUUAAUUAAUUUAAAUAAAUAUUGUACAAAAUGCUGAAUAUUAAAGCUAUCCCAGAAGACUACGUCAGGAAGGCCGCCAAAUGUGCGCAAGUGGCGCUGGGCUGCAGCAGGGCUGCGCACCAGGCUGCUCUUCGCGGUUCCAAGCUAAGCCCUCAACUCGCUGCUUUGACUCCUAAGGUCCGAGCCUUUGUAGAGCGCAGCGCAGCGCUCUGUGAGCCGGAACACGUGCACGUGUGCGACGGGUCUGAAGGCGAAGCCACUGCGUUGCUGCACCUCAUGCAGCAGCAGGGCACUGUCAAACCCCUGCCCAAAUAUGACAACUGCUGGUUAACCCGCACGGACCCAGCGGACGUGGCGCGCGUGGAAUCCAAAACAUUCAUCUGCUCGGAGCACGAGAGAGACGUGGUGCCAGUGGCCCGCGCCGGCCAGAAGUCGGCGCUGGGUAACCACAUCACGCCCAUUGACUACGACAAGGCUGUUGCUGAGAGGUUCCCUGGAUGCAUGCGCGGACGCACCAUGUACGUGAUCCCGUUCUCUAUGGGACCUGUAGGAUCUCCGCUUUCGAAGAUCGGCGUGGAAGUGACCGAUUCGCCAUACGUCGUCUACUCUAUGCGCGUUAUGACCAGAAUGGGUAGCAAAGUUUUGGAUGCCCUCCGCAAAGACGAACACUUCGUACGCUGCUUGCACUCCGUGGGGCGCACUCAUGGAACCAGCACCACCGGCUGGCCCUGCGAUCCCCAACGCACCAUCAUCCUACACCGGCCCCUUGACAAUGAGAUCAUCAGCUAUGGUAGCGGAUAUGGAGGCAACAGUUUGCUUGGAAAGAAAUGUUUCGCUCUACGAUUGGGAUCCGUUUUGGCAAGACGUGAGGGCUGGUUGGCUGAGCAUAUGCUGAUCGUCGGUAUAACGGACCCGAAAGGCCGCAAGCGCUACAUCGCAGCGGCCUUCCCCUCAGCCUGCGGGAAGACCAACCUGGCCAUGAUGACCCCUACGCUGCCCGGGUACAAGGUGGAGUGUGUGGGAGAUGAUAUUGCGUGGAUGAAGUUCGACAAGAACGGAGUAUUGAGGGCUAUCAACCCCGAGAAUGGAUUCUUUGGAGUUGCACCAGGAACCUCCACGGCAACCAACCCUAUCGCUAUGGCGUCCAUAUUCAGUAACACGGUGUUCACGAACGUGGCGGAAACUGCAGAAGGCGGAGUGUGGUGGGAGGGCAUGGGCAAAGCGCCCGAGGCUUUGAUCGACUGGAAGGGACAACCCUGGGACCCUAGCAAGAAGACCCCGGCAGCUCAUCCUAACUCUAGAUUCUGUACUCCAGCGGAACAGUGCCCAAUCAUAGAUGGGGACUGGGAAAGCCCUGAAGGAGUCCCGAUAUCAGCGAUCCUGCUGGGAGGCAGAAGGCCGGCCGGCGUGCCGCUGGUGGUGGAAGCGAGGGACUGGCAACAUGGCGUGUUCAUGGGGGCGGCCAUGAGGUCCGAGGCUACAGCGGCUGCUGAGCAUGCUGGAAAAGUGGUGAUGCACGAUCCGUUCGCCAUGCGUCCAUUCUUCGGCUACAACUUCGGCGACUACCUCCGCCACUGGCUGUCCAUGCCGCAGGCUGGGCGACACAUGCCCAAGAUCUUCCACGUCAACUGGUUCAGGAAAGAUGAACAGGGUAAAUUCCUCUGGCCAGGCUUCGGCGAGAAUUCCCGCGUAUUGGACUGGGUGCUGCGCCGAUGUGACAACGAGCCCUGCCACGAGUCCACCCCGCUCGGCUUUGUACCGGCUCCUGGCGCGCUUAACACCAGCAACUUGGAAGCUGUUAAUAUAAAGGAACUCUUCAGCAUACCUAAAGACUUCUGGAUGCAGGAGGCUGACGCGAUAGAUAAAUAUUUCAAAGAAGAAGUCGGCGACGACCUUCCGAACGAGAUGUGGGAUGAACUGAACAAACUUAGGAAGAAUAUUCAGCAGUCAUAGACCAAAGACCAUGAUUUUUGAAAUAAGAAUUAGAGUGAAUGAAGAUAAUUAUUUUUUAUAUGUCGUCUAUUUUAAAAUGCCCCGACUUACGAGGUCCAACAGAAUUGUACCUUAACUAAUAAUAAUAAUAGGUAAUUAAAUAAUAAUAAACAUGAAACCGUUAAAUAUGAAUAGUGCUAAAAGUCAAGUAGAGUAAGGUAUUUUUAAGAGAAGAAUUUAGAAGAAAGAAUCUAAUAGAAGAUUAGGUAUAGAUUGAAGACAAAUAGAUACCUAGUUCUAUGCUUUUCUUAAAAAAAAGUGUUUGUAUUUCUAUUCUCUUUGUAAUCAUUUGUAUUGUAAUGUUUGUUGUUUGCUGCUCUGAAUAAAAGUAUUUUUGUUAGUGCUAGACAAAUACCUCUUGAUUUUUUCUGGUAAGUACCAAUUUUAUUUAAGUUUCCGAAUAUGUAUUUUUUUUUUGUAUUUAUGUAUAAUUCUGUAUAAUUGUAAAAGUCUAGUUAAAAAGUAGAAUAGACAAACCAAUUUUUUUCAUUCUGGCGACACUAUUUAACAACGUAUUAGAAAAAUGUAAAGGCUGUGCUUAUUAGGCUAAAGUGUGAUAGACGAAUGUAUUGUAUAGAUUUAUAAUAAUAAUUAAUUAUUAUUGAAUGAAUUAAUGUAAAUACUCUCUAGAAUAAUAAUAAACAUAUUGAAUUUAAAA